AUGGAUUCCAAUGGAGCAGUCUAUUGCACGCUUCUGUUGAGUGACAAUUAUCUUCCUGGUGCUAUGGUCCUUGCCCAUUCCCUACGCGACAAUGUGAGCUCAAUGGUAAACGACACGCCGGCGAAUCUCUGGCUCAUGGAUCGCCCAGACCUAAUUGCCACAUUCACCAAGAUCGAGCUCUGGCGCCUGACGCAAUACCAGCGGGUCGUAUACAUUGAUUGUGAUGUCGUAGCUCUCCGAGCUCCCGACGAGCUGUUAUCACUGGAAGCAGAUUUCGCUGCUGCGCCUGACGUUGGUUGGCCGGAUUGCUUUAAUAGUGGAAUGAUGGUCCUCCGACCUAAUCUACAGGACUAUUAUGCGCUAAAAGCACUCGCUCAACGAGGUAUCAGCUUCGAUGGCGCCGAUCAGGGUCUGCUGAACAUGCAUUUCCGGGACUGGCAUAGGCUAAGCUUCACGUAUAACUGCACGCCAAGUGCUAAUUACCAGUACAUUCCUGCGUACAAGCAUUUCCAGAGUACCAUCAGUCUUAUUCAUUUCAUUGGUGCCCAGAAGCCAUGGAAUAUGCCGAGGCAGAUUGUCCCGCUGGAUUCCCCGUACAAUCAGCUUCUAGGCCGGUGGUGGUCUGUCUAUGAUAGACACUAUCGUCUGGCAUUUGUACCGACCGCGCCAGUUGAGAUUGAAAAGACGGCGGUUGCUCAAGGCGAUCAAGCCCAUGCCUCUCGUUCUGACCACAUCCCUCGUUAUGACGCUCCUCGUUAUGAAACAACCCCCCAUUAUGAAACACAGCCGACAUCUGAACGGCAGACCUACCAUGUUGAAAAACCCACGAACUUCCACGAGGAAUCACACCAAGAACCGAAACUGCCCCACGAACAUUCUACUCCCGCCCAUGUAAAUCAUGCUGCUGUGCCUAUAUUGAGUAUGGUACCGCAAUAUGUUCGCGGAGAGGAGCAUGUCUCAACCUUUAUCCCACCAUUGCCUCCUGCGCCAAUCACUUUUGCGCCCCAACUGAGCCACGAAACAUAUGAGACACAGGUACAAACGCAGGCGCAGACGCAAUCCCUAACCCCGACCCAGACACAGUUGCCGGUACAGACCCAGACCCAGACCCAGAUACACUACCCCGAUGGCCAUAUUCACCAACCACAGCCGCUGGCCCCGAUCCAUCCUCCAAUUAUCGAGUAUCAAUCACCCCCAUCUCCAGUCCCAGAGGUUUCGACCUUUGAGGCGCCGAGAUCCGAGUGGGAUCCCUCACGUGAGCCACCACCGGUCAACACGAAACCCGAAGGUUUCAGUUUACAACAGAAAACCUACAAUAUGUCUGAAGACACGCAUCUAUUCCAACCCCCGUCGUCCUACCCCGAGGCACCGAAAAACAUGUGGUAUGAGGUUCCAGCCAAACCGGAGCCCAAACCUACCACCGUCUUCCCCUGGGAGAGCCAUGCUCCGAAACCCACUCGUGUCUUCGCCGAGGAGGCACCUGUGCAGCUCAUGGAAACCCCCGUGAUACCCGAGGAACCAGAGCAACAUUCACUACCAAGCGAGCCAGUCUCUCCCCAGCCCUCACCUUCCUACACCCGGGUGCCGUUCGAACCCAGUUCCGAAUCAUGGCAAACAUACACCCGCUCCAACGCCUGGGAUGAGGACCCAGAGAUCCAGCGAUACAUUGAGACAAUUCAGGCUCGGCGCACAAAAUCACAAGUGACCAGUCCGGGGGCCAAUUCCAACAGCCCCGGGAGAUCACCCCCCACCCCAGGAUUCCGCCCUAGCACCAAGAUUACCGACUUCCCAACAGAAGUUGAGCGCCCCAGUCUGCCCGUAACGCCGGCCCCAAUCCGCCGCACCAGUCAUGGGGAUGAGGCCUCCGGUACGGCCGCUCUCCCUGUUGCCGAGGGCGUGCCUAGCCAGGAGGAAUGGAAUCCCCUAACUCAGCUCGAGGAGCUACAUCGUCGGCAUUCGGAGGUCUUGGAGCAUCCCGAGCUGCUGUUUAGUCGGCUUGCCGCUGCCUCAUACCGUGACCGUUGA